CCGCGGGGCCGUCCUAUCCACGCCGCGGGCGGGCUCUGUUACCCCACUCCCGCCCGGCCUGGGCGGGGCGGCUCAGCUGCCUCUUUCCUGUUUCCGCUCGGAACCCCGGAGACGUCCAGGGCCGCGGGACCUCGGCGCCGCCCUUGCGCCGCUCGGCAGGCCCGGAGCGUGCCCUGGGCCCAGAAGAACAGAAAAGAUGUUCGAUAUUAAGGCUUGGGCUGAGUACAUCGUGGAGUGGGCUGCAAAGGACCCCUAUGGCUUUCUUACCACGGUGAUCUUGGCCCUUACGCCGUUGUUCGUGAUCAGUGCAGCACUUUCAUGGAAGCUUGCAAAAAUGAUUGAGGCCAGGGAGCGAGAGCAAAAGAAGAAACAGAAACGCCAAGAGAACAUUGCAAAAGCCAAACGAACAAAGAAGGAUUAAAUGGGCAAAAAUGACCUGCCGUGCGCAAAGAAUCCACUUUUUAAAUGAAACACUUGUAUGUUUUGUGUUGUAACUGUCCUUUGAUACUUGAUCCUGUUAUUUCUUGAAGUAUGAAAUUUAAUACUUUGAGUGUAUUUUUUUUCCUGAUGAUUUGUGUUCAAAUUUGCCCAAGUGACACUUACUAAAUCUACUACUUGUGGUUUCUAGUGCAGGUUGCUUUUCUAAAUUUUCAUGUUAUGUUAAAAAAUUACCGUGUUGCGUGACUCUGGAGGUAAUUUGUUUUUCCCCUUAGCUGAGCUAUGACUUAACAAGUGUCUUAAAGUUGUCAAAUUUAGGGGAAAAUGUGAAUAAUAAACUGGAUUACAGAAAUGCAUGUUUUGGCAUACCUUCAGCAGAGUCGUAGAGAUAACUGUAGCUUAAUUAGAUAGCAGAGAUGACUGAUUUCCUUUAAGGACACUGUAUAUGGCUGCGUGUGCCUGUAAUGGCUGCUGCAGUGUCUUUGAUGGUGGGGCUUCCCUGCAAAAAUAACCUACCUUAGCUCUUCCUGUUUCCUGAACUACCAGCCACGAACAGCCUUUAAAUUCAGCCCAAACUCUAGGAAACUGAUUGCUUGUUCUUGUUAGCUUCAUUUGUCUUAAGGCACUCAUCAUGUUCUACAAAAUUCAGUACUAUGUUGUUUGGUCUUUCCUAACAAUCACCUGUAACUAAUUUGUUUCUGCCUUCAUAAAUUCUUCACGCCUCAAAGAAUAGCCAUAAACGGGGUGACACCAAAGACCCAGCUGGCCUAGUGUUCUAUGUCCUAGUGACCUGUAGCACAUGGCUGUGGGAGGACAGUGCACAUGCUGGUGACAGUAGUUCUUCCUACUUUCUGACCUGGCUACCUUUGAUCUAGGACCUUUGAGUUUAGGUGGAAUUCUUGUUCUCAUAGCCCUUGAAACUCUGCUGCCUUACAGGUUGCAAAAUGCU